GAAAAUUUAUCUCGAAAUUUGAGGGGAUGCGUUUCAGGGAAUGAAAAGAGUGAUAUCAACCAUUGCCUCCUUUCUUUCCAGCCCGAGCGUGCCGAGUUUGAAGAAAUUGAAACAGUAACACUGCAGCCCAUUGGUCGAGGUGUUCAAGACCUCAGCUCGAACAUGGGAUCAACCGCCACGUUGAACAGAAGUACCAGACGACCCGUCGCAUCAUCAAUGCUUGAAGGUCUGUUUUUGGUAGACCUGAAAUUGUCUCAACAGGACGGAUACUUACACAAACACCCGUCAGCAAAGGGUCAACAUGGCAACAUUUGGCCGUCAGACGUCGGCUAUGGAUAUUCCUCAGACAAUGUCUGCCCGACCACAACGUGCGACCUCAAUUCUUUUCACUUUGGUUCGCCUUUAGACUCCUUCCUUUCAUCUCUGCGACGUCAGUCAGCAGGAACGGUGAGUGAAACGAGUAGUUUUCAACAACAGAUGGCUGCUAAUAAAUCCACCAAUUUUGAUCCACAACAAAUUCGCAACCACCACCACCACCACCAACAACAGCAACAGCAUUCACAAAUGCUGCAAACGAGUCACCAGAGCUCGAAGUACGCUGCUACCAUUCAACAGCAGCCGCAGCCUCAACAGCAUCCGGUGUUGUUCCACAGUCAACAGCAACAACAACAACAACAACAAGGCUCCAAAAAUGAUGUCGAAUGGGCCAGUCAACAAAACAGUGCUUCCAGCACAUUGACUACUAGUGGACCUGUUGACCUGGCUCUGGUUGAAGCCACAUCACCCGUCUGGUAUCGCCUCAAGAUUUCUCGGCAGGAGGCCAUUUCGAUCCUCAAAAACCAACCUCCUGGCAGUUUCCUUGUUCGGGACAGCACAACCUUUAAGGACGCCUAUGGAUUAGCUGUCAAGAGUACGAAGCCACCGAGCAAAACGGGGCAAAAAUCAGGUUUCGCAAAAUUCAUGAAAAACAUUCUCAAAAACCUAGCACCUCCCUUUGUAGACGACAUCAACAACGACUUGGUUCGCCACUACCUAAUCGAAACGGUGACUACACCUAGUCGUGGCGUUCGAAUCAAGGGUUUCAGCGCGGAGCAGGUCUUUCCCAAUCUACUGGCUCUCAUUCAGUACCACACUCAGUAUCCAGUCGCACUGCCCUGCUGUCUCGUACUACCACCAGUUCCUCCCAGUCAGACCUGUCCUGUUAUUACUGCUAGCAACUCCACUCUAGUGCGGAAUGGCACAGGAAGUGGAAGCGGAACUGGGAAUGGAGAUUCAGACUCGGUGACUCUGGUGCAAAACAACGGUGUCCGGAGUUUGGAUCAGACGUCCGUAAGCUUCAACGGAAACGCCGCAGCCACUGAGACCUUGGAGGCUCCGCCACCGGUGAGAAGUAUCACUUCGCCCCUUUCGCCUACUGCAGGAAUGUUCCACAGCGAACUGCUCAGUCCUCCACCGAGUAUCUCCUGCCGAUGCUUACACCUCGGCGCAGUAGAGGUGGAAACGAGCCAGGAACAGGCGAGUCUGAUGCAAGCGGUGGACACUCUGGUUCCAGGAUCUGUGCUCCAGGCAGCCACAUGUGAUCAGAUGGGGGCAGACAGUCCCGUCCAGUACACCGAAUGUCAACUGCAGGCCGCGCACAACGAGGGGAUCCUCCUAACUGAUCUUUCGCGCAAACUAUUCUUUCAACGACACUUCCCCGCCAACAGCUUCAUCUACGCUGGCGUCGAUCCCCGUGACAAAGCGUGCGUCUAUUUCAUUUUUCUCCUUUCUUAUAGUCAGGGACGCGAUGACGGUUUCAUCACUAGUGCAUUGAAUAGCUACUCCACAAUGGCGGCAAAUUGA